AUGGAGGACCCUGAGAAGAAGCUGAAGCAGAAGAGUGACGGCAAACCCCGGAAAGUACGAUUUAAAAUCUCUUCCUCCUACAGUGGCCGGGUGUUGAAGCAGGUCUUUGAGGAUGGGCAGGAAUUAGAGUCGCCAAAGGAGGAGUACCCUCACAGUUUCCUCCAAGAGUCCCUUGAACCAAUGGAUGGUGUUUAUGGGUCUGGGGAAGCCCCCAAACCCCGGUCGUACUCCCCUAAGCUGACUGCUCAGCGGAUCAGCGUGUUUCGAGAGGGUAGUGCCUACACCUUGGCGAGCAGCCAGCCUUUCUUCAAUGAUUACAAGGCGAAUGACCGUAAGUCCCCACCUAUUAUAGAUUUUGGAAAGAUAAUCAUCUACACGAAUAACCUGAAAAUCAUUCGAACUCCAAUGGACAAGAGAGAUUUCAUGAGGAAAAUGCUCCAGAAGGAAGAGGAGGCUGAGGAAGAGUCUCUGAUGAGCAAAGAAGAAAUCUAUGGAGACCAGAACGAUGGGCCUUUGGCAGAGACGGGAGGGCCCUUCCCCCAUAACCAGUACCCACAGGAAGGGGAACUUCCCGAGGACAACUGUUUUCACUGCCGAGGAUCGGGCAGUGCCACCUGCUCUCUGUGCCACGGCAGCAAGUUCUCGAUGCUGGCCAACAGAUUUAAGGAGUCCUACCGGGCCCUGCGGUGCCCUGCCUGCAAUGAGAAUGGCCUGCAGCCUUGCCAGAUUUGCAAUCAAUAGCCCGUGGCUUUGUAUGUCCGCUUUUAUCGCAUCCUCCCUAAAGCUAUUUGUAAUCAACUGCCCCUCCUCACCUUCUCCUCCCUCUCCCAGCAAGGAAGCCACCGUGGCUGCGAUCACUUCCAACACUGGCACAACUCAGUUACUCGAUGACAUUUCGUGAGGCUGGUAACAUCUCCAUGUGGGUCUAAGUGGCAGAGGCGUUUUUGAAUUAGAAUCUGCUUUGAAACUGGUUCUAAAAUGAUCCUUCCAGGACCGUGUGCAUGUAUCUCACUUGAUUUAGCUCAGGUUUCUCCUUGCACAAGUGAACAAAUAAAUGUACAAUUCAGGCAGCAGGCUGAAGUCAUUUUCUGAUUGGGAGUUAUUUGAAAAAUU